GCGUUUGUCAUCAGCUGCAAAAUUUGCUCCACUCUCGAGGCCGCAGCAUCCCACCGCUUCGCAGCACUGCGAAAUGUGCGAAAUUGUGCACCGAGCGACGGCUGCAAAUUUAACCAACGCGCGUUACAACGCCGUCUCUAGACUCUACAACGAAGUAUUCCACUAACAUUAGAUGCUAGAUCACCUGCGUUAGUGCACUACCAAUUGACGUUGUUGUAUUGUAAAUAAAUAAAUAAUGUGAUGGCGGUAGUAAAUAAACUCAACAAAGGUGACGUAUGUCGUGAGUUGAUGGUCGCGUGAGACCGUUGUGGGGUAGGACCGUUUUUGGAAGACGAUUGAGUGAGGCCCCAUCGAUGUGGUUGAGGGUUAGUGGAACACAACGCGGUUUCACACGUUUGGUGGACGAUUUUGUACCGCAAGAUGAUGCUGUGGCUGUUUCUGGUUGCUGUGUGCAAAGAUCUUCAACCGUCCGACGGUGUUCACAGAAAUAUGGUUUCAGACCGUCUCGAAAACGUCACCCAAACGAUAUCCAAACUUUUGGAGGGUUACGACAUUCGGUUACGACCCAAUUUUGGAGGUGAACCGCUCUACGUUGGUAUGGAUCUAACAAUUGCCAGCUUCGAUGCUAUUUCAGAAGUCAAUAUGGAUUAUACCAUCACGAUGUAUCUGAAUCAAUACUGGAAGGACGAACGAUUGGCGUUCAGCAGCGAGGAUGAGGUGCUGACGUUAUCGGGGGACUUUGCCGAAAAAAUCUGGGUGCCGGACACGUUCUUCGCCAACGAUAAAAGCAGUUUUCUGCAUGACGUCACCGAACGCAAUAAAUUGGUGCGGUUAAACGGCGAAGGUGGUAUUACGUACGGUAUGAGAUUCACUACCACUUUAGCUUGUAUGAUGGACCUACAUUAUUAUCCAUUGGACUCACAAAAUUGUACAGUCGAAAUAGAAAGCUAUGGCUAUACAGUUAUGGAUGUUCUAAUGUACUGGAUGGAUACACCAGUAAGAGGAGUAGAAGAAGCCGAGCUGCCGCAGUUUACAAUUAUUGGUUAUGAGACCAACGACAGAAAAGAACGACUUGCUACUGGAAUCUAUCAAAGACUUUCGUUAUCUUUUAAACUGCAGCGGAACAUAGGUUAUUUUGUCUUUCAAACGUAUCUCCCUAGUAUUUUGAUUGUAAUGUUAUCGUGGGUUUCAUUCUGGAUUAAUCACGAAGCGACAAGUGCAAGAGUAGCAUUAGGUAUUACGACGGUUUUAACAAUGACAACAAUAAGUACAGGAGUUCGAAGCUCACUCCCACGCAUCAGUUACGUGAAAGCCAUCGAUAUAUACUUGGUAAUGUGUUUUGUUUUCGUCUUUGCCGCGUUGUUGGAGUACGCCGCCGUAAAUUACACGUACUGGGGAGCUCGCGCAAAGAAAAAAAGCAAAAAGGUGAAAGAAGACGAGAAGAAACUGGGGACCACGAUAAAAACAGCCAGCCAUACGAACGCCAGCGCCACCGAGCAUGCAAAUGGCGGUGGUGGAGGUGGAGGAAGCGGUAACGAAGACAUCAUUGAGCUGCAGGACGUACGGCUCAGCCCCAUCGCGUCGAUACGCAACCGACACAAUACAAAAGCAGCCGCCGGCGGUUGCGGCGAGAUCGAUCCGACGCGUUUUCCGCCCAGCUUCAGAAUCUCGCGUUCUACGGCAUACUGCAUCAAUCCGCGAGCGCCAGGACUAAGAUAUCGCGGCGCCAGAGGAAAUCCCGUUCACAAGCCCAAAGUGCUCCACGCAAUAAAACGCGGCGCUUCGGUGCUGAAGGCGUCAAUGCCGAAAAUCAAAGACGUCAACGUCAUCGACAAAUACUCGCGGAUCAUCUUCCCGGUAGCGUUCAUGCUGUUCAACGCCGGCUACUGGAUAUUCUACUUCAUCGAAUAAAUACAUGUAAGAAUAGAAUCUGAUAAUAUCAAGCGAAAACAGGAACAAAAACGAAAUUUCCGAGUUAACUCCGGAAAGGUUUUUACAACGCCAGCAUUGUGUAAAUAGCAUAAAUACGAACACGCACAUCACCAACAAAACAUUUUGCUAGCUGCGACAAUUUGACACUCUGCAUGCGUGCGAAACGAAGUCGAGAAUAAUUGAAGUAUUCGGCGAUAACGAAUUUAGCGUUAAUGUUCAGCGUACAGAUAAAAGCGGAUUUUGCAGUUGGUUGCAUUUACUAAACAAAUGUAAUUGAUGUAUCGCUCGAAAUAAAGCGUUGAUGGAUUGUUUACGUAUAGACUUUGGCAAACAACAUUUGUGAAUUGUGACAAGUUUUUGGGAACACGGGACUUCCUUUGAAAAACUAAAACAACAUGUAUUAGUAAUUGUACUUGUACAUACCAAUAGUGUGUAAUGUAAUCGCAGAACAAAAAGUUUACAAUUGAAAAUCGAAAUUUACGCUGAAAAUUUUAAAAUGACCAAUAAUUAUCGAAAAUUUAUUGAGCAGAUAUUGAGAUUGGCUUCAUAUUUUUAACUUGCAGUCAAUUGUAGGCUGCGAACUUAAAAUGGAAAUGCAAUUGGCGUCGUUCGAAUCGACUGGAUUGAAAAGCGGGUUAGAACCAAAAGAGAUUUAUCAAACUAAAUAUUUAAAUAAAUACAAAUAUGGUAAAGUGGAGUAGGUGUUUAACUAUUUAAUGGUGCAAUAUUUUUUUAGUUACUUAAUUAAAUAUUAAGUUAAGAAAAUGUUUAUAACACAUUUUAAUCAAAUUUGUUAGGAAAUAUAUUUAAUCAAGCUUCUAUUAUCUUUCAAUUUAUAUUGGCAUACAUAUGAAUGCACCUGCAAUAGUUUUUCACUUACAUCACUUUACUUUAUAUAAGUAUGUACUACUUGUAAUGUGUACUUACCUACGUACGGGUAGUUGGAAGUGAUUCAAUAAUAUUAAGAAAAGCGCAUUAUAUUAAUCGGAUUAAAUAAACCUCUCUGUUUCUGCUCAGCAAAAUAUUAUUAUUAUAACUUACAUUAUAUAAAAAAAAAGAUUUAUAUUAUUGUUAUCCGAUAAAAUAUAUUUAAUAAGACUCCACUCGCUGAGCAUUUAAUAAAGUUCAAACAAGCAAAAAAAAAAAACAAGAAAAUUUUAAAUAUUCAGGAUAUUUGAAUUUAAAUUCAGAGUUCCUUUUAUUAACGUUAUGUCAUGUUAAACACAAAAUUAUUAAAAUUAUAUCGAAGAAAUAUAAAAAAAGUUGUCAAUGACAAAGAUUGAAAAUUUAUGAUGGCUGUUCAAAACAGAAUUUUAUUUGAAAUACAUUUAAAUAAACGUAUAAACAUUAAAA